AUGAAGAAGUAUUCUGUCUAUCAGCAGAUCUCGCCUGACGAGAAGUAUACCUACAAAUUGUUACAGUUACCGUCCGAUUUGCUCAGACACAUAUCUGACAAUGAGACUGACAAUUUGCUUAUCAAGUCAUCCACAUCUACAACUUCCAAUCCGGGACAACUAGUUGUUUGUACAGAUGACAAGACGUGGAAAUUGAGGCAGAUGAACCAUUCGAAUACGGUUUUAUUGCUCGACAAUCAGAACAUAGUUCAGCAUAGAAACGAUAACAAUUUAAUAGGGUUUGCCAGUUGUUCGUACGAGUAUGAGUUGACUGACUCGAAGGGAUCCAUAGAUAUAACGAAGUUGCCUCGUCUUCACGGAGACGAAUUACGAGAUUCUACAAAUAACGUUCAUGCUGUACAAAUUUCGGUUGAUGAAUUACUUGAGAAUUCGCCGAUUUCUCGUCAGGAAUUCUUCCAUGAAUGGUAUGAGCUUGGAGGCUGUGAAAUUGACGGCAGAGCAUAUAUUCUUUCACCGGAAUACAUCACUGAGGUAUUAUACACUUUGAUAACGGCAUUGAUAAGUGAAAGCUUCAAUUACAGAACAGACACAGUAGCCGUAGAUACUAUUCACCAAUUAUCUAAAAAGCAGCUGAAUUUCGCCGAUUCGAUCGUUACUACUAUAGUACAAAAAUUCACAGUGCGAUCUGAUAAACCAAAUGAAGUUCUGCUAGAUAAUGACAAGAUCGCUAAAUGGUUUGGUAUCCAUGUUCUUUCUGAGCGAGCAACGCUGUUGUUGUCUAGCAAGGAAUUUCUCAUCCAGUGGAAAUCGUCGCUUCCAGCAUUCUACAACGUUUCGCUCGAUUUGCACUAUUUGAGAGGUUACUACUGUAUGCCCGUAGAGGAUAACUUAAUCUACAUCAAUAGAGACCAUUUAUCGACAACGCUUUCUGCCCGGUUUGUCGAGUUGUUCCAAUUAGACAGAGAAUGGAACUAUGACGAUUUUGUACCUUUCAUCAAGGAUUUGGUUCCUCCAGGCGUCAAAGUUGAUCUGAUGAUUCUCAAAUUUGGCAAGAAGAAGAAAAUUGGGAAAGAUCGAUUUGUGGUGACACCAAGGUAA